AUGGAAGCUUAUGAAAAUGGAGCUAUCGUUUACAAAGUACGUCUAGAUUUCAUGAAAUUAUGGAACCUUCCUUCUUCUGAGUUAAUUACUGAUAUUAGCAAAGAAACCAAAAAUUUUGUUUGUUUGAAAUUAGUAAAUCUUAAUGCUGUAGUUCACUUUAAAGGCGAUUACAUUGAUGAUAACAAAAAACUAGCAAAAGAAAGAAGACAUUUAUCAAUAGAAAAAAAAGAUGAUGACUUAUUUUUCAUGAAGUUAACUAGUGAGAAAAGAAAAGAACUUAAUCAAAUAAGAUUGAAGUUAGAGCCAAAUCAUGUUGAGUGUUUAAAUUUGAUUUCUUAUCCUGUAUUUAAUCGAAAAGUCAAAAUUUCCCUUACUGAAUUAGAAACUACUAACUACCGAUACUUUUAUGUUUGUUCUUUACAUUCUGAUGAAGAUAAAUUAACACCAGACAAAAAGAUAAUUUCGAUAAAGGCUAGUGAAUUAAUACCCACUAAUGAAAUUCCUUGUGAUUACUUUAAAGAAUAUAAUCAAAAGCCUGAGCGAAAGAAUUAUCUUAGUCAAAAAGCUAAAGAAAGAUAUCAUUUACUUAAAGAUAAAGAACCAAAAAUAGGAAUGGCAAAGUUUUCUUGCCCUAAUUGUAAGACUACUUAUCUUUUACAGAAAAAGUAA